UCCCUUCACACAGGCCCACUAAGCAACUGCUGUCAGAGAGCCACAACAUUCAAUCCCUCCUGGCCUGGUGCAGAUUCAAACCAAUGAUGUAGAGGUGAAAGGCUCCAAAUCCUGUUACCAGCACCCUUCCCCUUCCAAUCCCUGUCAUCAACACAACCACACAAUUAGCAUAAAAUUGAGAGUAACCUCCCUCAGUCGUGAAACAGAAAGCAUGCGGACUUGGUUGACAUCUCUAACAUGGUAACCUGAGGUUUUGCUUCUCCUUCUAGCUUGAACGCUGGUUGAGACAAUGGAGAAGUAUGAGCAAAUACUAACCAUAGGCAGGGGAUCGAGUGCUGAGGUCUUCCUGAUGAGGAACACAGAGACAAAGAAACUGUUUGCUGGGAAAAAAAUCAAGACAGAUCCAUCAAAGAAAAUGAGAACCAAAGAGGCAGUGCUUCAGGAGGUGACCAUCCUGGGCAAACUCAAGCACCCCCACAUUGUAACCUGCCAUGAGCACUUCUUUGAGGAGGAACAUAUGUUCAUCAUCCAGGAUUACUGUGAUGGUGGCUCCCUGGAUGACCACAUUAAGAUGAGGAAGGAGGGGUACUUUCCCGAGAACACAGUCAUGGAAUGGUUUGUGCAACUAGCUAUGGCUGUUCAGUACAUCCAUUCCAUAAAGAUCCUGCAUCGAGAUAUCAAAACAUCCAAUGUGUUUCUCACUAAGAAAGGGAUGGUGAAACUGGGGGACUUUGGCAUUUCGAAGGUCAUGAACAGCACCCUGGACAUGGCAAGCACUUUUGUAGGCACACCCUAUUACUUGAGCCCAGAGCUCUGCGAGGAUGUGCCGUACAGCUCCAAGUCAGACAUCUGGGCGCUGGGAUGUGUUCUCUUUGAAAUGUGUGUCUUAAAGCCACCCUUUGAUGGAAUAAAUCUGGUCAGCUUGUUUUACAAGAUUGUGAAAGGCGAGUAUGCUGCUGUGCCAGAGUGCUAUUCUGAGCCCCUGCAUGGCUUGAUCCAAACCAUCCUAGAGAAGUGCCCAGGAAAGAGACCCAGUGCCAGCAGCAUCCUCAACAUCCUUUAUGUCCAGCAACACCUCAAGCUUUUCCUUCUUCACCAAGAAUCCCAGCUCUUCAAGCAGCACCAUCUGGCAAAGCUCCAUGAGGCGGACAACACAGAUCCCCUCCCACCCACACCUCAAAGUAAGACACUGUUAGCUCACCAAGUGAGGGGAGCCUUAAGGCCAAAGUCAGCUCCACCGUAUGUCAGCACACACAGUCCAGAGCUUUAUGAGCCAGAGGAGCUCUCCAGCAUUCUAGGCAGCAGCUCAGAUUACUCUGAAGACUUUGAGCAUGAAAGCGUGUCUUCCACUGAGGAGAACUUAGAAGAUGACAUACCCAUUCCACCUCUGAUCAAGGAGGUGCCAAGAGAGAUAGACCAGUGCAGCUCUCCUGACAGACUAUUACCCUCCAGCCCUCUGAUCACAGAGUUACAAGAGUGGAAGGAUGAGGCGGAGCUGACUGAUUACCGUGAUGAUUUUGAGGAGGUUGAGGAGACCAGCCUGGAGGAGGUGGUGAGCAACGCUCGCUGCGUGAUCAAGGUGCCAGCUGACGAGGCAUUCCAGGAGGAACAGAUGGAUCACCAAGGGUCUGCUGCUCUCUCCUCCACCCUGAAGACUUUGCGGGAGACAUGCAAAGGUGAGGCUGGACCUUCUCUGUAUGAUGAAAUCACAGGUCAGGCCCAGUUCACCCCUGAGGAUCUGCAGCCUCAUUUUGAACAUCGAAUGGGCCCUGACCACCUGGAGACCUGCUAUCUGUUCCUCAGCUUGGACCAGGAAACAGCUUAGUCCAGGCCUCUUCAUGGAGACAGCCUGAAGGAAGAGAGUUUAGCUGAAGAUACAAAGUGGUGUGCUGCUGAGUGUUGUUCCGGAUUGGCAAAUAAUGUUGCCUGAUGGCCAAUGCUGAGUUUUUACUCCUUGCUUGGUAUAUAAGAAUGGCCAUACUAGGUCAGACCAAUGAUCCAUUUAGUCCAGUGCCCUGUCUUCCAACAGUGGCCAGUGCCAGGUGCUUCAGAGUGCUCCAUCCCCUGUUAUCCACUCCCAGUUUCUGGCAAUCAGAGGUCUAGGGACACUCAGAGCAUGGGGUUGAAUCCCUGACCAUCUUGUUAAUAGCCAUUGAUGGACUAUCCUCCCUGAAUAGGAUCACAAUAAUAUAAAGCACUGAGCCUGCUGGAAUCCUGCUGCAGAGAUGGAGUGCAGAAGGAGGGUGCAGAGGCAUAGGUGCAGUUACUACGGUAUCACUUUCCGAUGCAAAACUAGGGUUUAUCAUUUCCAAACUACAUUUUCAUUUGCCCUUGGAUUAUUUUUUUGGCCCAGGAGAUGGAGCUAUAGGAAGUAGCACAAUAUAAAUAAAGGUUUGUGACAGACAUUAGAAGGCUUGACAGCUCUGGGCACUGAAGUACAUGGUAUAAACAGAAGGCUCAGUCAGCAGUGUGGAAAUAUAGACUCUUCAGCAAGUCUAGUUCACUUGCUAAUCCUGAAGUCUCUGAAAACUCCCCAGUCCCUGUCUAUCUUGUGCCACAGCCAAAUGCUGAUCCACAGAGUCAGAAACUCUAACUAAGCCCAGAGCUGUAACUGUAAUAGGUACCACUUCCCUGGCAGCACAGUUUUGAUCUGGUCCACUACAUCCUUUUAUGGGAUUUGUGUGAAAUGAUGGAAUAUGAGAGCUAGUCUUCCCUCUUUCUUAUCUUCAGACUAGAGUCCCAUUGCCAGCUGAUCACCUAAUGCUUCUGUGAUUUCUUAGUCAAGCUGAAGUUCUGAAGUGGCAAGAGUCUCAUAGGUAACAUAUGCCAUCUCUGCGAUCAAAAUGUCUGCGGACACAUCUGCAUGGAUUGCCUCCCACAACCCAUAUUAAAAAGGGCAGGGUCACAUUUCUAUCUGAACUUUGUGUACCAAAGAUUCCUUUUAAUGAAAGAGAUUAGAGGAAACAUAUGUAGCAAUUCCACUUUGACAGAACUCUCAUGCACUCAUUAGGGAGUGGAACUCAUAGGCAGUGUUCCCUGGGCCUAGUGCUGGUGGAGCUCAUGACUAUGCUCAUCCCCAGACCCCACAAGUGGUUGUUUAUUGGUAACAACAUCAGCACAGCUGAAAUGGGAGGCGUGUGCAGAGAGGAAGGGGCAGGGGAAGGGUGGAGGUCAGAGGCUGCACAUGGUUGUUGGUAUUGCUGCCAGGUCUGCCCAAGAGAUCCUUAUUAAGGAUUAGAAAGGAACAGGAAAAGCCUUAUAAAACAAAAUAUUAAUGCAGCAUUGCCAACCCCAAGUGUUCAAACAUUGUGAGUCAGGCCCAAAAAAUCAUGAGCAUUUAAAAAACAACUUUGGAGUCUUAUUUGCCUUUAGAGUUCACAUUUGCAAGCCCAGACACUUACCUUUUAAUGAAAGCUAAGAUUCUCACAUAAUGUCCCAACUCCAAGACUGCGGUGUGUGUGUGUGUGUGUGUGUGUGUGUGUGUGUGUGUGUGUGUGUGUGUGUGUGUGUGUGUGUGUGUGUGUGUGUGUGUGUGUGAAAAUAGUCACCAAAUAUCAUAAGAGUUGGAAACACUGUAAAAAGGAAUUUUUGAAAAACAUCCUGUCCAUGCUAUUUAAAGGGUGCUCUGUCAGAAAUCUGAAUGUUUUAAAACAACUUAACAAUGUCCCUUUAAAUCUGAGAUGGCUUUGAACAGCUAUGACCAUGGGCACACACAGUUACUGCAUUUAACAUGAAAAUAAAGCUAAAACUCAGACUGAGUUGCUGAUUAAUAAUAGCAGUUCUGCUCUAUCUCCUCUGAAACUCUCAAUAGAGAAGAAAGGAAACACCAAAGCUUUCAGUAUCUUUAUUCUUUCCUACUCCAUUCAGCUUUUGCAGUAUUGUUAUAAUCGUGUUGGUCCCAGAAUAUGAGACAGAAAAGGCUAGCUCCUGUUGGUGAAAGACACAAGUUUUCAAGCCUCACAGAGCUCUUCUUCAGGCCUGGAAAAGGUAAUCAGAGUGCCACAGCUAAAUAUGAGGUGGGAGAUAUUAUUAAUUAUAAGGGGUUAAGAUAUGUUGCAAGCAAUCACUUAUUCCAAAUGCUAUAUUCUAUCAGACAAAGAUCUAGGCAAAUAAUUUCCAGUUAACUUCUACAAAUUUAACUUCUACAAAGUUAAAUUCUACAAAUUUACUCUAUGUUUCUGCUUGCAAAAUAUCCAUGACCCACUCCUUAUUUACUUAAUUAAAUUAGUUAUUCAAACUGUGGAAGUUGGAAAAAAAGCAGACAUCUUAGUCUUCCAGGAAGAGCAAGAAUCAGGCUAAUUCCAAUAGCUAAUAACGCGAGACUUCCAAGCAGGGCCUGGGCGAGUGGAAAAGAACUGUAAGAGAUUCUGUUUUUUGACCUUGUGUUAGAUAAGAAUGGAACACAGACUGUAGCAGAAAUUGCUGAGGAAAGUAAGAUAUCAGGAAGGAAUAUGUAUAAACAAAAUGCAGUUGUUGAUCUGUAUGUAACAAAAGGUAUAAAUGCUUGCCCUAAUUGUUUAUCUUUUGGGAGACCUGCCAUUGUGCAUUCCCCCCCUUGCAAUAUUGCUUGAGAAUA